GCGGCCCGGCUCCUCCAUCGCUCUGGUCAUGGAGCUGCAGGCGGCCGGCGGGUUCAAUCCCUACGGUCAGGAGAUCCAGCACUUGUCCUCUUGUGGUUGGACCAAACUGGACCUAUUCGAUCCCCACAACCAAGUCCUGAGCGGCCGAUGGAAGCUUCCCGUGAGAGGUCUGCCGCUUCGCCCGGGCCUGAACACCGGACAGCUCAACACCGUGCCACAGGUUGGAAAAGCUGAACUUUACCUGCGGAUCCUCAAUGCUCGGGACGCGGACCUGCAAUCCAUGGCGGAGAUCGACCCCAGGAACUCCUCCCUCUACCAGUACCCCCCAUUGAUGCCGAGUCCAGGGGCGACCAUGACUGACAACCCAGCGCCAAUGCCAUCAUUCCAGCAGCCCCCCCAACUCAUUCCAGCUGUCUCUGUCCCCUUACACUGAUUAUGUAGACCCACCACCGCUUCAGGAGAUGCCAAGCCAGCAGAGAGCCAAUCAGAGGUGAGACCGCGCCCAGAACUGAUCCAGACUCCUCCCAGAGAUUCUUUCUACCUAUCCGCUUCUGAGCUGGACAGUCACAUGAUGUGUAACCAAUGACAUUGGGAAGAUAUUGGUCUGAACUCUCACCUCCCCCGCGCGGUCCAUGGAAGGACGGUCAGUCCGCAAUACUGCGAUGUGUUACUUUGUUACAAUAUUACAUCUCAGUAUCACCGAGAAAUGUGAAGAAGGUGAAUCCACCAUACAGGAGAUUCAUCUUAUGGGCUGAAUACCGAGGAGCCGCGGAGAAACGAUCCUUCCGGUGACGCAAAGUGACGGCAAAUCUUACAAUUGUCACCAGAACAAGAAGUGAGAUUUCCUUCACUUUGGGGAAUUUCCUCAAAUUUUCUGUCUCCGGAGGAGAAGAUGAAAAGGAAAUCUCCCCGAUGGGGCCCCAUUAUCCGCUCAGCAAAUAUAAACCUAUAAAUAUAAAGAUGAAUUCUUCCCCCUGACAUCCACAACUCAAAUAUUUGGCUUGGAAUUCCCGGGAACGUGCAUGUCGACCGCAAUUGUAAAAUUCAGCAAUCCCCUUGGAAUAUUUUCAUUCGAUUUUUCCUAUCCCUGAAAAUGCAGAUUGGACUUCUUCCACCAUGUGAUCGGGGAGGAGUACUACUCCCACCAUGUGUUCGGGGAGGAGUACUACUCCCACCAUGUGUUCGGGGAGGAGUACUACUUCCACCAUGUGAUCGGGGAGGAGCACUACUUCCACCAUGUGACUGGGAGAGAAUUCUACAAAACACUGGGAUACCGGGGCGGAACUCCAGUUCCAUUAUCCCACCAUGAGAUUCUGGGUACUUCUCCUACCAUGUGACUGGGGUGGAGCUUUAUACCCGCUAUGUGACUGGGGUGGAGCUUUAUACCCGCUAUGUGACUGGGGUGGAGCUUUAUUCCCGCUAUGUGACUGAGGUGGAGUACAACUCCCACCAUGUGAUUGGGGACGAGUACUACUUCCACCAUGUGAUCGGGGAGGAGUACUACUUCCACCAUGUGAUUGGGGAGGAGUACUACUUCCACCAUGUGAUUGGGGAGGAGUACUACUUCCACCAUGUGAUUGGGGAGGAGUACUACUUCCACCAUGUGAUUGGGGAGGACUACUACUUCCACCAUGUGAUCGGGGAGGAGUACUACUCCCACCAUGUGAUCGGGGAGGAGUACUACUUCCACCAUGGGAUCGGGGAGGAGCACUACUUCCACCAUGUGAUUGGGGAGGAGUACUACUUCCACCAUGUGAUUGGGGAGGAGUACUACUCCCACCAUGUGAUCGGGGAGGAGCACUACUUCCACCAUGUGAUUGGGGAGGAGCACUACUUCCACCAUGUGAUCGGGGAGGAGCACUACUUCCACCAUGUGAUUGGGGAGGAGCACUACUCCCACCAUGUGAUCGGGGAGGAGUACUACUUCCACCAUGUGAUUGGGGAGGAGUACUACUUCCACCAUGUGAUUGGGGAGGAGUACUUCUUCCACCAUGUGAUCGGGGAGGAGCACUACUUCCACCAUGUGAUCGGGGAGGAGCACUAUUCCCACCAUGUGAUCAGGGAGGAGUACUACUCCCACCAUGUGAUCGGGGAGGAGCACUAUUCCCGAUGUUUGAUUGGGGAGGGGCGUCGACCAUCAUCUUCUUUUCCCAGUAGUGAUUGGUUGGGGGGAACGAUAACGGAAUAUAAUCCUCGGUACUCGAGAAAUCAUUGUAAAGAUUUUCCUGUAAUUCGAAUUUUCCGUUUUAUGACUCUGAUGAUUCUGUUGUCUGUUUAUAAUGUUUACAUGAACAUUGAUCAUAAAUAAAGACGUUUGAAAUCC